CCAUAGGCUCUAAGUGGCUACAGCUCUUCCACCAACAGUGCUUGCCCCUCCUAUCACCAUGUGGGAGCUCCUCCCUCUCUUGUUGCUCACCCUGGCCUAUUUCUUCUGGCCCAAGGGCAAGUCCCCUGGUGCCAAGUACCCCAACAGCCUCCCAGCCCUGCCCCUGGUGGGCAGCCUUCCCUUCCUCCCCAGACAUGGACAUCAGCAUGUGAAUUUCUUCAAGCUGCAGAGAAAAUAUGGCCCCAUCUAUUCCCUUCGUAUGGGAAACAAGACUACAGUGAUCAUUGGGGAGCACCAGCUGGCCAGGGAGGUGCUGAUCAAGAAAGGCAAGGACUUCGCUGGGCGGCCCCAAGUGGUUACUCUAGGCAUCCUGUCAAACAAUCACAAGGGCAUUGCCUUUGCUGAUCAUGGUGCCCAGUGGCAGCUGCAUCGGAAGCUGGUGCAGGCUACGUUUGCUCUUUUCAAGGAUGGCAACCAGAGACUAGAGAAAAUGAUAUGUCAGGAAAUCAGUUCACUGUCUGAUUUCCUGGCCACCAAGUGUGGACAGUCUGUAGAUUUGUCCUUGCCUGUCUUCAUGGCGGUGACCAACAUUAUGUGCUUCAUCUGCUUCAACUUCACCUACAAGUAUGAGGAUCCUAAGCUCAAGAUCAUACACCAUUACAGUAAUGGCAUCCUGGAUAUGCUGGGCAAGAAUACCAUAGUAGACAUAUUCCCUGGAUUGAAGAUUUUCCCCAAUAAAACACUGGAAAUUUUAAGGAACUGUGUUAACAUGAGAAAUGAAUUACUGACUGAAAUUCUUGGAAAAUAUAAGGAGAGCUUCAGCAGCGACUCUAUCACUACCAUGCUGGACGUGCUGAUCCAAGCUCAGAUGAACUCAGACAACAACAAUGCAGACCCAGACCAGGAUUCAAAGCUGCUUUCAGAUAAACACAUUCUCAGCACCAUCGGGGACAUCUUUGGGGCUGGUGUGGAGACCACCUGCUCUGUGGUGCUGUGGACUGUGGCCUUCCUGCUGCAUUAUCCUCAGCUGAAAAAGAAGAUCCAGAAGGAGAUUGAUCAGAAUGUAGGUUUCAACCGCACACCAACUCUCAGCGACCGCAACCAUCUCCUCCUCCUGGAGGCCACCAUUAGAGAGGUGCUGCGCAUCAGGCCCGUAGCCCCAAUGCUCAUCCCCCACCAGGCUAUCGUCAACUCCAGUAUCGGUGGUUAUGCCAUCGACAAAGGCACAGAUGUCAUCAUCAAUUUGUGGGCGCUGCAUAAGAGUGAGACGGAGUGGGACCAGCCUGACAAAUUCAUGCCUGAGCGCUUCUUGGACCCAACAGGGAACCAGCUCAUCUCACCAUCCUUAAGCUACUUGCCCUUUGGAGCGGGACCACGCACAUGCGUAGGGGAGAUGCUGGCCCGCAGGGAGCUCUUCCUCUUCAUGGCCUGGUUACUGCAGAGGUUUGACCUCGAGGUCCCAGACGAUGGACACAUGCCCGCUCUGGAAGGUAUCCCCAAUGUGGUCUUUCUGAUUGAACCUUUCAAAGUGAAGAUCAAGGUCCGAGAGGCCUGGAAGGAGGCCCAGGCUGAAGGGAGCCCCCAGAACUAGAACCUGGAACCUGACUCCAGCAGACAGCAUGUAACUAAGGUGACCCUUCCCCUCUCCUGUUCUCCCCCGUCCUGAGCCCUGGCAUGAUGUGCAUAAACUAUUCUAAGCAGUUUCUAUUCAGAAGGGCCUUGAGAAGCCCAUUCAUUUCCUCACUGGUUCAUUCAUUCUCUCAACAAAUACUUAUCGAGCAGCUGCUAUGUGCCUCUCACAGGGCCUGGACAGGCAACCUCCCUAGUCUCGCGAUGCUACAUUCCCGUGAGGACUGACCUACAAACAGGGACUUCAGAGACUCCUGAGUUCACUGAAAUGAGCUACACUGGUGAUGGUGGAGUGAGAUGAGGAGAGACUGGUGGAGGGGGAGGGCGGCCAGGAAACACAUGGUCAGGGGUGGUGGCAAGGCCUGGGGAAGGUGUCCGGUGCUGAGGGAGCACUUGAAGGUCCAGGUUACUGCGGGUGGGAAGGUCUCCAGGUGGGAGAGGUGAGCAUGGCCAGGGCAGAGCCAGUGAGGUGGGAGUGGUCCCUGAAGAGGUCAGAGUGGGAGAUGGUGGCCAGGUCCCAUGGGACCUUGGUAAGUAGCUGGUUCUUUAUGUUUUACUCGAAGUAUGACAGGAAAUCCCAUGUUUUAAACUUUGAAGAGGAGAAGCCUUAUAUAUUUUUAAAAUAGCUUCCUAACUGCUGAGUGGUGUUUGGUUUCUCUACUGAUCACAGUGGGCCCAGGAGAAAGUUAGGAGGCUGUGGGAUAAUGAGACCCAGAUGCUGGUACACACCCUCUUUAAACCUUGGUCACUGGCCAGGCAACAAGAUGUCCAGAGAUAGCUGUAGAGUAGGGAGGUGGGGGAAGUGGCCCUACCCUUUAUAGCAGAGAAGGGCUAAAACUCCAGCUCCUGGUAAUUGCCAGUCCCAUACCAGGCUCAGAACCUCAACAGCACAGUCCUUGCCCUCUGACUGAGGAGGACUCUGGAAGGGCAACAGGGCAAGGCUGAAACCCUGUCUGGUCCAGUGAAGACAGAGAAAUCAAGGAAGCCCCUGUGAGGAGGCAGGAUCUUCCCCUACAGCUGCUCCUUCUUCCUCCAAGGGCUUGCUAAUCCAGUGGUAGUAGAGCAUACCCCAGUGUCCCUGCAGCUCAGUCCUACUGGCCUGUGACUGCUGGUCUCGCCUCAGGGUCAGAGCAGCAGGUGGGCAGAUGUGGCUGUCCCUCCCCCUAUCACAAGCAGCCUGGAGAGCUGCUAACACCCCACUGAGAUGCUGGGAGAGGCUUUAACCAGAGGUUGCCCCUCCCUCUUCCCAGUUCCUCCUCCAGGGUCCUCCACCAGCUGGCCUCUGAACUCCAUCACCCCUCAGAUCUAGUAGUAGGGAGAAAUGAACUAAAGGACAAUUUCCCAAAGUUGUUCAGAAUUUCAAAGACAUUCAGCAGACAGUGAUGAAGAGAUAAACAACUGGCAGAAGUCAGUGUCCCUGUAAAAGCUGUGGGUGAGUGUAAGUGGGAUGGAAACAGCCAAUUUCUCAGUUGAGUCAGAUAAUGGAUGACAGGGCAAUGAGACCCUGCACCUAUUUGAAAAUGAGGAAACAGGCCCGUGCUCAGGAGGUGAGUUCCCACAGGCACAGAGCCCCUCAGCAGCAGGGCUGGGCCCAGAACCCACACUUUCAAUGAUGCAGGAAGUGGGGCAGCUGUGCUCCCCACUGUCUCCUGUGUUUGUGCAGAAGGGUCCUCGGGGAAAGAACAAAGUUGCAUUUCCUUUUGGGCAAUGACUCAUGAUCUUUUAGUCUGGCCCAAGCAGCCCAUCCCCCCACCUUUGCCUCUGACCUAAGUCCUCCUCCCUGCCCAGGACGAGGGAAGGCCAUCAGUCACAACCCAUGACUCCCAGCCACUGCGCUGUGUCCAUGGGCUCUCACCCUCUAUCUUGGUGCAACUUGGCCUGGGCUUUGGCAUCAACAAGUGUGGCUUCAAACCCUGGCUCUACCACAGUUCCCCCAGCUGUGUGACCUUGGACAAGCUAGUCAGCUCACCUGAAUGUCUCAACCCUAUAACAAAGCGGGAAUACUACAGUCCAUAUCCCAGAGAGCUAUUUUGAAGUAAAAAUAAGAAUAUGUAGGUAAGAAGCUUAGACAACACCAGGCAUUGCGUAAACAGCCAACAAAUAAUACAAUCAAGACAAAUUAAAGUCAUUUAAUGACUACCUUACCUCUCCAGCUUCAUCUCCUGUCACUUUCCAGAAUAUAACUCCCCAGAAAGAUUAAAUUGCUCAAAGCUACAGACGUGACACCCACACUUUUCUGUUUUCCCAUGCCUUUUUAUUUCCAGUCCCUAACACAUAGUAUACACAUGCAAUAAUCUGCAAAACAAAUAUUGUCUAGAAUUCAUUCCUUUUACAUUUCUAUCUACAUGGUCAGCUUAGUUUAGCGGUCCCUACUCUGGGAAGGCUGCCCUGAACCCCUAGGUGGGCUGCACUCUUGCCCCGGAUUCCUGUGCGCACAUGCUUCAUGGUACUCACCAGGAGCUGGCUUUGUGUACCUUCUUGCUGACCCAGUUGCACACACGCACCUCAGUGCCCGAGUCUCCUGUGAAGCAGUGAUGUCUGCCCAGCAUCUUGUCUGCUGUUGAGGAGGAUGCUACCCAGCUCGAAGCUGUCAUCUCUCAGUAGCUUCUCCUCACAUUCAGAAUCCUUGUCCAGGAAGGCCCUGGGCUCCAGCUCCCCCAGGCCGGCCACAGAGACACUGGGCUCCAUUCCAGGGCUUUGGUGGCUGCCAGGUCAGCAGGCAUAUCGGAGGGCUCAGGGUCAGCGAUGCUGGGGGUCUUGCGCUGCUUCUGCUGGGCCCAGACAAGGGACUGCUCUGUGCCCCCUGGGAGUCCCUGGUGGGAUGGGUGCCAGGGGUGCGGCCGCCUGCAGAGCCACACUGAGAAGGCAGCUGUUGCUGCUGCUGCUGCUGGAACUGGAAGGCACCACAUGUAUGGCCAGGAAGGAGUUGGAUGUUGUUCACCACUUCCUCAUAAGGAGGUAGUAAAUAGUUUGGCAAAAAUCCUAAAAUGGGGAGGUAGGGAGGAGAAAUUACUGCACUGGCAAUUGUUCCAGGACAGAAUGCAAAGCUCAUACCAAGCACAGGUCCCCCACCCCCAACCUGCCCUCCAAGUGACAGCUACAGCUCUUGGCAGUGGGCAGGGCAGUGAGAUGAGGUUAGACUGGUGGAGGGGAGAGGGCAGCCUGGAAACACAUGGUCAAGGUUGGUGUGAAGGCCUUGAGAAAUUUUACUGAGAGAGGGACAGAUGGGAGGGAUCUAAUCCAACUUCCUGACAUAGGAGGGACCUGAGCUUUUGCACAGGCAAGGACUUCUUGGCUGACUGGAGUCAAAGCAGAGGGGCAGGCAGAUGUGCUGGAAGGCCAGAGAGCAUUUCCAUGUGCACACGCCCUCACAUUCCUGUUCACUCUGUGUUUACCAUCUAAGUCCCACAGGCCUCAGAGAAUCUACCUGGAGAUUUCCUGACUACCUUUUUCUUUCCCCAACCUUCCAAGUCUAAGUAGUAAGGCCCUUUUCUGAAAAGUUAGAAAUAGGGCCUCCCUAGCUGCGCAAGGGGUUAAGACGCAACCUAUGAAGCUAUCUGCAGCCGCUGCAGCCCGGGCCAGCCAGGGAGCAACCCACAUGGCGCAGCAGACCUCUCCUGUCUCGCCCGCUGCUCCCCUCAGCAGUGUAUUUUGUCAGUCUGCCUGUUCUGUUCCCCACUCUGUCUCUUGUGAAUCCUCUCACCCCCACACCUCUGGCCUAUAUUCCAGCUCUUGUAUGCAUAAAUAAAUAAAUCUUUAAAAAAAAAUGGUUAGAAAUUGGUGAGAGACACAUGAUGUGGAUGAAGGUGGUCUGGGAAGACAAACUCAACCUGAUUCAGAUCCAAAACACUAGAUUCCCAGCAAAGAGAGAGAGGCCAGUCAUCCAAGACAUAUUAAGAACAUGCGAGGUCAAUUUGGCGACACUCUUAUCGUACAACAUUAAUUGCUAGCAUUUACUGAGCACAUACUAUAUGCCAGGCACUGUGCUAAGCAUCUUCCCCUUCUUCUUGUGGAAUUCCACACUGGAGACCGCUACCUGCUACAGAAACACUGCAGAAUUGGCCUUGGACAAGAUGCACCACUUAACUUUUAACCCUGGACACUUACAGACACAAAAACCACUGAUAAGAUAACUGACUUUGCCUCUGAGAAUCUUUGUAAUAACUAAACAGGUAUAAAAAAGUUUUAUGUUUCAAUUCUUCUUGCGAAAUUACUCAGGCUCAUUUUGUGCUGUAAUUAAAUACAAAAACCAAUAGAAUUCAUUCCUUCUUAAAUUUUAUAUAAUGUGGCAAAGCCUCCAGGUCAUCAUUUAGAGUGAUGUUAUAGACACAACAUAUAUCCAGUCCCACUUCUCUGAGUUGGCCUCUCGGAAGUCUGCAACAUUUUAUAGAUAAGAAACUGACAUCCCAAGUGCUGCACCUCCCCCUGCAGUGACCCUUAGGGCUAAUGGCUUGCGCCACGGUCCCUAGGUCCGGCUGGGCAACCAGCGCGCAGGCGGAGAACAGCAAAACCCCCUGAAGAUAUACUUGCUGCACCUCCUCCUGCAGUGACCUCUAGGAAUCCCUAGGUCCGGCUGGGCAACCAGCGCGCAGGAGGAGAACAGCAAAAAACCGCCUGAAGACAUAGAUAAGACGGAAACCUGUUGAAAGAUAACGACCACCAGAAGCCACUACAGGAAUGCUGUUCGCUCGGAAACUUAUCUCACCUUCUCUAGACCCACAAACUUUAUUCUAAUACAACUGUCUCUCUAAAAUCUUUUCUCUUUCUCUGUUUAAAAGGUCAUUGGUUUGCCGAUUAAAAAAGAACAUACGAAAUCUAAUAACUAGGCUGAUUCAAAUGAAACGUUACUAAACUCUGUGUAUUAAUUGAACUGCUAGCUUAAUAAUUUCUCUGUUGUAUACUUAGCCUAGUUUGUAUUAAUCUAAAUGAUAAAAAUAUUACAUUGUGAAAAGUAAAAUUCACCUGUGUUAAUUAAUAGUAAUAGUGAGUAGUUAAAACAAAAAGUAAUCAUAUAAAACAAAAAGAAAAAUUAAUAGCCUAACUACUUAGGAAUGUGCCUGGGUCCAGAUGUAAAUCACUGCCCUGUCAAUGAUAAGCUAAACCUAUAAGCAAGCUAAUUUCUUCACUGAUGUUCGCCAUUCCUAUGCCUUUAGAAAACAUAUAUAUACUGGUCACCAACUCAAAUAAAAUUACACUCAGAUUUUCACUC